AUGAUACGAAACUUCCGGUUUAGAGCUCCGACGAAUCACCCCGGUUCCACCACCAUCCAAACCGACCACAACCGUCGGUUAAUCCGUUUUCCGACGAGAUGCUCUCCACCAGAUCUCAGCCAUUACACUAUUCUUGGCUUGGCCCCUUUUGCCUCCCAAGCCGAAGUCAAACGGGCUUUCAAACGUCUCGCUCUUAAGUACCAUCCAGAUGUGCACAAGGGACAGGAGAAGGAUUUCAAGGAGAUCAAAUCCGCUUACGAGUGUUUGAUGCAAAAGUUUGAGAAAGAAGAAGAGGAGACAACAGAAAUGGAUGAAACAGAAGAGUGGGAGGAGUGGAUGGGAUUCGAAGGAGGGAUUCCAUCAACGGUUCACACUUCUUUCUAG